AGCUCCAAAGCUCUCUCUAUAAAAGCAGCCUCAUACAAUGGUCUUUAUCCACAAUUCAAGUUCCACCUAUCCUUCUUUACAAAGUUAAGCAAAGUAACUAGGGUCGAUCUUGCUCUGUCUCAGACAAUUUGUCAAUGGCCUCUCAGCUUCUAUUGUUGGCAUUCCUUGCCAUAACUUGUUCCGUUGCUUUUGCUUCUGACCCAAGCUCUCUUCAGGACUUUUGUGUGGCUGAGUCUACAAGCUCAGUACCAGUGAAUGGACAUGUGUGCAAGGACCCCAAGCUUGUCGAAGCCAAUGACUUCUUCCUCAGUGGACUGCACCUAGCAGGCAACACAUCAAACCCUGCUGGUUCGAAGGUGACCCCUGCUAAUGUAGCCCAGAUUCCAGGACUCAACACUUUUGGUAUCUCCCUAGUUCGUAUCGACUAUGCACCAGGGGGUAUAAAUGCUCCACACACUCAUCCUAGAGCUACUGAAAUCUUGACAGUGGUUGAAGGUAGCCUAGAAGUGGGUUUUGUCACCUCCAACCCUGAAAACCGUCUCAUCUCCAAGGUGCUUCAGAAGGGUGAUGUGUUUGUGUUCCCAGUAGGACUAGCGCAUUUCCAGCACAAUGUUGGAAAAGGUAAUGCAGUCGCCAUUGCAGCUCUCAGCAGCCAAAAUCCAGGUGCUAUUACCCUUGCCAACGCAGUGUUCGGGUCAAAGCCAGACAUCUCUGCCGAUGUUCUUGCAAAGGCUUUCCAAGUGGAUAAGAACAUAGUCUUCGAUUUUCAAGCCAAGUUUUAGACUUCAAUAUGGAUCGCCAGCUAUAAUUAAGUUGAAGGGCAUUGCAAUUUUAUUCGAGUUUGUGUGAUUUGUUUAGCAAAUUGUAUAUUGUUCAUUUGUCGGUGCAACCA